AGUCUCGGAACCAGAGGGUAUUGCUUUUACAGUGAACUCUUUCCAUCUGUCACCACCAGCGGAGCAAACAGUCGACUCUCUCUCUCUAUAUACACACAUCUAUAUAAAGAGAGAAAUGGAAAGUUGAAUGGGACAGGAAUGAAAAUGUACCAAAAAUAGUGAGUUUUUUACAUACCUCAAUAUGGAUAAUCAGCCGAUGUUUUAGCAAGGGAAAGAAAAUGAAAAGGAAUGGUUCCAAAUAAAAUAAUGGUCAUUUCUAUUUUUAUUUCUCGAUCUCUCUCUGCCUUCUAUGGUCUCAGACUUCAUGGCUGGUCCAGCCCCUGAAGCUCCUCCUCCUCGAAAAAUUGGCAAGAAUUUUAUCAAAGUGCCAAAGAGAACUGCAAAAGACAAGGCUGAAGAAUUAAGAACACUCAGUUGUCCAUUUUACCCCUGUGCUUCUGCUCAAGACCUGAGAUGUCUUGAUAUGGAAAAAGAGAAGAAAGAUGGUUUCUCUCCUAGGGGAGUUUUAGAAGCAUGCAUAAGAGGCUUGGAAACCGAAUCAGAUUCACUCAAACCAAACACCUCAGACAAUGCAACCCAUUCUGCAAAGUCACAGACGCCUUCUCAAUGGCGCAAAUUCUUCAGACUGUGGAAGAAAAGCUCGGUUAAGCGGAUGCCCUCCUUCCCCCCUCUCUCUGUGCCGAAGAUAUCAACAAGAAAGAGCAGAAGUGUGAGACAGUGUGUAGAUUCUGAUUUAUCUCAUUUGAAGUCUUCCUGGAAGGUCUUCACCCUCUCAGACCUCCAAACUGCAACCAACAAUUUUAGCCAAGAAAAUUUCUUAGCAAAGGGUGGUUAUGCUGAAGUUUACAAGGGCUGUUUGCCAAACGGGCAGCUUGUAGCAAUUAAGCGUCUGAUCAAAGGGACACCAGAAGAGCAGACAAUAGGCUUUUUAUCCGAGAUCGGCAUCAUAGCUCACGUCGAUCAUCCUAAUACUGCUAAAUUGGUUGGGUAUGGAGUUGAAGGAGGAACCUGUCUUGUUCUUGAGCUAUCUCCACUUGGGAGUUUAGGAUCACUUCUUCGUGGUUCAAGGGAAAAAUUAGAUUGGUUUGUUAGGCAUAAGAUUAUUCUAGGGAUAGCUGAUGGUCUGUUGUAUCUUCAUGAGCAUUGCCAAAGGCGAAUUAUUCACAGAGAUAUCAAGGCUGAUAACAUUCUGCUUACAGAGAAAUUUGAGCCUCAGAUUUGUGAUUUUGGACUCGCAAAAUGGUUGCCGAAACAAUGGACUCACCACAAUGUAUCAAAAUUUGAAGGCACAUUCGGUUAUUUUGCUCCAGAGUAUUUCAUGAAUGGCAUAGUGGACGAGAAAACUGACGUGUUUUCUUUUGGAGUACUACUUUUGGAGAUCAUAACAGGACGCCAAGCCGUGGACGAUACACAGAAAAGCCUUGUGCUUUGGGCAAAGCCUUUGCUUGAUAACAAUAAUGUUAAGGACCUUGUAGAUACUUGUCUUGAAGAUAGUUACAUUCCGGAAGAGAUGGAUCGUGUGCUCUUGACUGCAUCUUUGUGUGUAGAGCAAACUCCAGUACUACGACCUCGAAUGAGUCAGGUUGCAGUUCUUCUAAGGGGUGAUGAUUACAACCCAAAGGGUGUAAAAGCAAGUCAGCCACGGUCUCUCCAAAGAACAUACUCAGAGGAGCUUUUCGACGCAGAAGAAUACAACUCAACUAAGUACCUAAACGAUCUCACUCGGUUUAAGCAAGUUGCUUUGGGUUCUUGAGAGCCAGUUGGUAGUUAUACAUAGUUCCUGUAUACUAGUAAUUUCAGGGGGGUGUUCAUGGAAAUGAAACAUUCAGGAUUUGUGUUUUCAAGGCAUUGUGCACAGGAACCGAAGUUUCCAUAAUGCCAUGGAAACCUAAGAUGGAAAUAUGAAGUGCCGCCCCCUCGGUUUUGUCAUACAUCUGUUGAUAUUGAGCUCUGGAUCCAUUAUGGAUGUUUAGGGAACUCAAAUUUUGUGGAAUAUUUGAACUCUGUAUUGUAAACUUAGGAUGUUGAUGCAUAGUUUCUUGGAAUAUCAAGAUAAUUGUAUCCAGAUGACAAAAUAUGGAACUAGUGUUGUCUGAUUUCCUUACCAUCAUUUUCUUGCAAUAUGAUAUGUUGCAGGAUUGUCAUUUUUCA